ACAACCACCCACCCACCCACCCACCCACCCAGCCAGCCAGCCAGCCAGCCAGCCAGCCCUUCUCCUCCUUCUCUCACUCUCCUCCUCUCUGCUUCACCACUUUCAUAGUGCAUCUACUCUCUCAUUUGCAUGUGUUCCGCUUCCUCGUGACAAGUAACAGUUCAUGUCAAAGAGCCGUGUGAGGAAAUCAGGCUGGGGAGAACCAAACGAAACCUGGAACAUAUUGAAAUGUGCAGGUUCACUGAAGAACAGGCUGCUCGGUGCAGGAUAAUUGUUGCUGAUUGAGGAGCAAAGCAAGAAGGUAAUUAGAGUCCUGGCACUGGUACAUCACGACAGCAAGCAGGGUUACCAUGGAGACUGGCAAGCCAGGAUUGGCGAAUGCACUUGUGCACAGCAACUCCGUCGCAGCACAGAAAGAGAAAAGGAUGGACAUGCAGGCCCCGCUGACGGCUGUUUACAUCCACACAGGGCCUACUUUCCCAGCGCAGCCUUACACCCAGCCUCCUGCAGCUACCCGCUCGCCAGCCACGCUCCAUCUGGCCAUGCCACCACUUUAUUCCAAGGAGACGCUUCCCUUUCUGACAUUCCAUAUUGCUGGUGGGCUGCAGGCUCAGCCAGGAUUGAGUCUGGCUGCAGCUGCUGCUCCAGUAGUCAGACCCAAGUCAGCAGGGAAGCACGUGUGUCCACAUUGUGGACGGGACUGUAUGAAGCCCAGCGUACUGGAGAAGCAUCUCCGCUGCCACACCGGGGAACGGCCCUACCCGUGCACCACUUGUGGAGUUUCCUUUAAGACUCAGAGCAACCUCUACAAACACAAGAGAACUCAGGCUCAUGCCCGCCUCUCAUCCGAAUCAGAGCAAAGCAGCAGCCUGGACAGCAUGUCCAGCUCAAGAGAGACCUGUACCCCCAGUGUGUCUCUGGACGAGUCAGGAAGCAUGGAAAAGGAGGCCACACUAUCUGCUGCUGAGAUCACCUGUUCAGCUGGAACAGCAACGGUCUCCUCUGUACAGAUGCAAGACUCUGUCAGCGAACUUAAUGAGCUGACCCACGCAGGUCUUAAGUCAGAACCAAAUCAGAGUAACAAGGCAACGACAGAAGAGGAGAAGAAAGAAAAACCUCCGCCGACUGCGAGUCGACAUCUUCCUCUUCAGAGGCAGGAAGCAACUCUGUUCUCCAAGCAGUGGGAAACUUCUGUAUCCAGAGGAAAGUCACAGAACCAUGAAAGCACCGACUCAGGUUUCAGCGAGAGCAGCGACCACUACCCGAGCCCUGGCAGCGUCUUGCCUGAGCACAGCAUGGAUUCCCUCACGGAAUCCACCAAGGAGCAUCUGGAAGACACCAGCAGCACACUAACUCUGUCGAAAACAGGCCACGGUGGACAGGAGCUCAGUAAUACAUCGAGGAAACAGGAGCAGAAGACACUUGAGGAGCGCAUUUCUAAGCUCAUUUCAGAGAACUCGGCUGUUGUGGAGGAUAAGCAGCUGGAGAAUGUACGUCCACGGAAAACCGUCUUGUCAAAGCAGGGUAGCAUCGACCUCCCCAUGCCUUACACGUACAAGGACUCCUUUCACUUUGACAUGAGGAUCAGCAAGACUCCGAAUGUUGGAUUACAAGGAAACAGAAAUCAUGGCAUCUACAGUUCUGUUCCUAGUCAGCGCUCCAACACGAUGGAUCACGCUCCCUUGACCCGCAGCAGCUCCCUCCCCUUCAGCGUGACCCUCAUGCAGCCCGAGAAGAGCAGCCAGGCCUCCUCCUUUCAAAGUGAUUAUGUAACGCUCAUUCGGAGGGGGAGCUCCGGCCACAUCAACCCAACAGGUUUCGCGAUCAAGCCUGUGAACCAGCAGUCGUCCACCCACCGCCCACUGGUUCGGCAGACGGCCGUAGACUGCAACCACGCAACAGACGGUCUCUUCGUGAAUUCAUCUGUGGAGGAGGCGUGCGCCACCGGCAGUCUCAGCUGCGACGCGGACGGCGGUGACAUUUGCGGCGAGCCAAGCGGCAGAAAGUCCCGGAGGAAGAAGUCACAGAAGUUUGCCUACAACAAGUGGUACAUGUACGGAGGAGGGACGUUUAAGAAGCUCUAUAACUCGGAAAAAGGUGGGGAUGAGAAAGCUAGAAAAUGCUCGACUCACCCGGAGCAAGAGGUCAUUCAGGGAUUACAAAAAAGGUCAUCAGCAGUCAACAAGGAGACAGUGACAACAACUGGAUCAGUGUUAAACUUUCCGAGUGCAACAGUUUGUCAUCCAGGCUGCCCUCCUGCUAAAGUCUCCCUCGUCUCUGCUCUGGAUGUCAAUCAAAAAAUUAACAAACUUCCUACAUCAUGCAGUUCUCUCAAGACGCCGCUCCAUAGAAAUUUGUCUUUCCCGGUUCAACCGUUACCUCCAAUCGGAUCUCUUAGCCACAAAAUAGACGGCAUCAGUAAGGCAGAGGCUGGGAGAUUGAUUGAUGUAGAGAAACACACUGACUCCAUCUCACAGCUCCGUGGAGCCCAGAUUCCAUCAGAUAGGAAAAAGCAGAAAACUGACGACAAAAUCAUUUGCCCUCUGGAGAUGGAGACUGACCCGAACACUUUGACUCAUCCUCCUCCCUCUGUUCCUGGCGGUUUGCCUCAGCGGGAUACGAAUCGCACUUACAUCAGCCUUCAGCGCACUCAAAACCACACACCGCUCAAAGGAGUUCAGCCGUGCAUAAUCAAUGCAAAUACACCAUCUGUCAGCGCCUCGCCAGGCACUUCCACGCACUCUCCUGCCAAGACCAGCUUUCUGCCCAAGUACCAGCUCAAGUUACCUAACUCUGCUGAGCCCGAUUCUAAUCCUGCGCCGCAUGUCGGAGGUAAACCGCCAGGAACCGAUGGCCAUAAAUUCACCUCUGCUCUGUCGUCUUCUCACACGGAGCAGUCGACAUGCUCGGUCACGACCUCUGAAAAGAAAUGCAUCAAUCCUGUCGCCUCACCGUUGACGCAGAGUUGCGGUAUCAGAAAGGUUCGAUCUUUCAGCUCAACGCGAGGCCAGCUGUUGUCGCCUUGCUUCGCCACGAGCUUUUGUCAGGGUGAGACAUCGAGACUCAGCAGAUGUACGACAUCGAGCGUUGCUGUGGCACGAAGGCAAUUUGCAGAUACCACAAAAACCACAACAUGUCUGCGAGAUAAUCAGGCCGGAUUGUGCAGCACGUUAAUACAGCCCACAGAUCCUGCAAGGGCCUCGGCGUCCACGCAGUUAACCAGACCUGCUCCGCCGAUGCUCACAAACUAUCCUGUAACACAUACGGUAACCACAGCAACCAAUCAGAUAUCUCCCGCAGCUAUUACGGCUUUAUCGCAGCAUCAACCUGACCCCGUUCCUGCUCUGUCACACACACAACUCUCGCCAGCAUCAGACCAGUCAAGCCCUCUAAACAGAGCGUUCACCAGCUCAAACACUCCGCUAGUACCUUGUCACAUUGUACCCCUCGACCAGAUGCAGUCGGCUGCCCAGAAUGUGUUUCACGUUCACACGGCAGAUCUCCAGAUUUGCCUCCAGAUCAUAUCUGACGAGCAGUUGGCUCUCAUUGAGCCCCAGAUUGAGAGGCAAGCAGAAAGUGCGCUCUCGCACCGACCUGAUUCAGAAGCCCUGGAAGAGAAUCAGAGUAAAGCUCACAGCUCUGUAAGCGGGGGAAGUAGACAUGUCGAAAGUGGCCAGUCAGGAUUUGGAAAGGAGUCAGACCAAAGCAAGUCUUUACCCACACCUAACAUGCAACCUCAACUGUCAGUACAAUUUGGGAAGAUGGAGCCAAAACUUCAACUGACCGAACAAAGUGAUUCCUCUCAGGCUGAAUCCAAACCUCCCAAAGCCCUCGACUCGUUGCAGCAACCACAUAAUUGCGUUCUUGUAAACACGGUUACAGAGACAAAGAGCUCGACGGGAGAUGGGUUGUCAACCGCAGCUUCGACUGAAGGUGUAAAGUCAGAUAGAAGCCAAACUUCAGAGAAGGAAGACGCCCUGUCUCCGAACCGUUGUGCAGAGGAGCAACUUUUACAGGACCUUAGGGUCAGUCAAGGUGGACCAAUGAAAGCCAAGGGCGAAUCACACAAAAGCAACAGGUUAGAAAGUGGUGACAGCCAGCGCUCUCUCUCGGUUGGACUCAGUCAGGCCUCCAGUGCUGCAGGCGCCGGUGAACUCUCCGGUUCAGUUUCUACUUUUUCCAUCAAUAAAUGCAAAACCCCAGGACAGUCGAACUCACAAGCAUCCAUCCACCGCAGCCAUCCGGUAAAAUCUACAUCAUCAGAAGCUGAGAAUUCAGCGAAACACGAAGGCACGGGAUGUGAAAGGGUGGGCCUUACUGAGGAUUCACAAAAAACAAGUCGAUGUGGAUCACAGGAUGGAAUCAGCUCGGCCGGCUCUCAAAAACUACUGGAUCAGUUUAGUUCGGCGUCUUCUAGUGUCAAGAAGGAAACAAUCAGAGACAACACGGCUGUGAGCUCAAGUAUCCAAAGCCUUACUGCAGAGCUUAUGGAGGCAUCCACGCUAAGAGGAUCUGCAGCCCAGGUGGAGCCACAGACACAGGGACAUGGAGAGACCGCAGACACCACAGACAGGAGGCCAACGCAGACACAGGAGACUGAAGAGACAAACGUUCAGGGCAUCGAAGGACAGGCGGCUGGAGAGGUCGGGGGAGAGGAUGAAAGCGGAGAAAUCGAAAGUGGUGAACAGCCGGAGGAGCAGGGCGAGUCAUACACAUGUGUGCAAGAUUUCACAAAGCAAGAGGGAUACGACAGAAAGGUCACGGCGGUGGCGGAGUCCUUCAAACACUCUCGGCUACCUGAGCAGCAUCUUCAGGAUCUUUCCCAGACACACUCAGGAAUGUCUGACUACUCUUCACAGAGACCUCAGAGAGCUUCAAGCAUGUCAAAUAACCUUAAUUCACCUGCAAGCUGCGGUCAGACGAGGCUUCAGAAUUAUUCACAGCCGCAAACGGACACAAACAACUUCUAUUUCUCACAGCAACACUGGGAGAGCAGCGUCAUCCACAACCAACAAACUCAGAACGUUUGUGAAUCCAUUUCAAGUCCUCUUGUCAAAGCACAGGUUCAAUUAACAGCAACACAAAGUGCUUUAUCGCAAAUUGAAUCCAACCCCCUACAAACUCAGUCACCUUCAUACCAGGAGCAAAAGCAGGCCACCACCGCUCUGUCGGCUCAACAAGGAAAAACUAUGUCAGCUAACAGUAACACAGAAGGAAGCUGUUGCACUAAGGUAACAUUGGAAAGUCAUAAAAGUCCUUUGCCUGCUGUCAAAACAUCCUCCUCCGCCUCUCAACACAGCCAAGAGCCUUUUUCUGCACAAGCCAGUGAAGCCACGGCUGGAUUGACUGCGGACGUCCAGGCGUCGAACAUCCCCGUGCUGGAUGAUAGCACUGUACAACCUUUGCCACACAUAGAGGAUUAUCAGGACACCAAGGAUAAGAUGCCAAACGAUUUCAUGAGUCAGAGCAGUAACUCUGAGACUUCUGACAAUGCAAACAAAUACCAGUCUUUCUUCUUGGCUGGUCAGCUUCAGGGCUAUCCGUCAGCGGAGUGUCUGACGGGCGGAGUGAGGCCAGUGCAAAGCUGCCAGGAAUACACAGAAGACACCAGCAGCAGUGAUGAUGAAGGGAAGCUUAUUAUCGAGCUUUAAGUGAACAUUUACAGUUUUUUUUUUUAUUCCUGAUGUAUAGACCUUUUUUUUUAAGGCAGCAUUUCUCUAGAGGCAGAACUUAAUAACAACGGCUGGGUUGAGUUUGUGGGGAAGCCAAAGAUCUAGCAGCUAUAUGAAGUCACAAUCACUCAAAAUCACUGACUGUAUAUUAAAAUGUAAGGAGCAACAGCUGCCUGGGAGUGAAGCCAAAAUAUUUAGAGCCCCCGGCCCUUCCCUGCUGAGUGGCUGCGGUAUAGCUCGUAAACACUGCCUCCUCAAUGUUAACAGGCGGGAACAUGGGUCAAAUAAUACAGUUAAAAUACACAUUAAAUAAAUUGAUGUCAAAACCCA